CCUUUCUCCUUUAAGCUCUUCAGCUACCAGCUUCCAAUUCAACUCACAACAAUGGCCGUCGCUAGCAGUAGUAGCUCUGUUAUCCCUCUCAACUCCUUCAAUGUUCAGACCCAAACUAUUUGGUCUUCUUCUCAAUCAUCUCUAAUCAGAUCCACCAGAUCCGUUAAACCCAUUUCCGCCGUCCAUACUCCUGAUUCAUCUAAGAAUCCAAUCAUCUCGGAUAAGUCUUUGAAACCCACUUCAUCGGCUACUGCGGCUACUGCGUCGAAUGUGACCCCGGUUUUGACGAAGCCCGAUGUGGGUCUGGCGCCGGUGAAAUGGAACAUUGAAAGCUGGAAGACUAAAAAGGCUUUGCAGCUUCCUGAAUACCCAGAUCAAGCUGAGCUUGAAUCUGUGUUGGAGACGAUUGAGGCUUUCCCUCCUAUUGUAUUCGCUGGUGAGGCACGGAAUCUUGAGGAUAGAUUGGCGGAAGCUGCUAUGGGUAAUGCGUUUCUGUUGCAGGGAGGGGAUUGUGCUGAAAGUUUUAAGGAGUUUAAUGCUAAUAAUAUUCGUGAUACCUUUAGAGUUCUUCUUCAAAUGGGAGCUGUACUUAUGUUCGGUGGACAAGUGCCUGUUAUAAAGGUGGGAAGAAUGGCUGGGCAGUUUGCCAAACCUAGAUCGGACUCGUUUGAGGAGAAGGAUGGAGUGAAGCUGCCAAGUUACAGAGGUGACAACGUUAAUGGCGAUGCUUUUAACGCUAAAUCGAGGAUCCCAGAUCCGCAGAGGCUGAUUAGAGCCUACUGUCAAUCCGCAGCUACUCUUAAUCUACUGAGAGCUUUUGCUACUGGAGGAUAUGCUUCUAUGCAGAGGGUUACCCAAUGGAAUCUUGAUUUUACCGAGAACAGCGAGCAGGGAGACAGGUACAGGGAAUUAGCGAACAGGGUUGAUGAGGCUUUGGGAUUCAUGACUGCGGCUGGGCUUACAAUGGAACACCCUGUUAUGAAAACAACUGACUUCUGGACAUCACAUGAAUGUCUGCAUUUGCCGUAUGAACAGUCCCUUACCAGGUUGGAUUCGACUUCUGGAUUGUACUAUGACUGUUCUGCCCAUUUCCUCUGGGUCGGGGAACGAACUAGGCAGCUUGAAGGUGCUCAUGUUGAAUUCUUGAGAGGACUUGCUAACCCUCUUGGAAUUAAGGUGAGUGAUAAGAUGAAUCCAUCUGACCUAGUUAAGUUGAUUGACAUUUUGAAUCCAGCGAAUAAGCCUGGAAGGAUUACCAUCAUAGUAAGAAUGGGAGCCGAAAACAUGAGAGUGAAGCUUCCCCAUCUUAUUAGGGCUGUGAGAAAUUCGGGCCAAAUUGUCACAUGGGUCAGCGAUCCUAUGCAUGGAAACACCAUCAAGGCUCCUUGCGGCCUCAAAACCCGACCCUUUGAUGCCAUCAGGGCGGAAGUGAGGGCAUUUUUCGACGUGCACGAGCAAGAAGGGAGUCACCCUGGAGGAGUUCACUUGGAGAUGACAGGACAAAACGUGACGGAGUGCAUUGGAGGGUCAAAUACUGUGACAUUUGACGACUUGAGCUCGCGUUACCACACCCACUGCGAUCCUCGACUAAAUGCUUCGCAAUCUUUGGAGCUGGCUUUCAUUAUCGCAGAACGCCUCAGGAAGAGACGGCUUGGGAAUCUCUAGGCUUGGAUUGUGUUGUGUUUGUUGUUUACUAAAGUUUGUUCACAUUUCAUAUUUACUAUUAUUAUUAUUGAUUGUUACUUACUAAUUAGUAUUUUGGACAAGUAAUGCAUGUGUACUACUAAUAGAGGAGAAUAAACCGGCAAGAUUGAAUGUUUAUUUGCUCAA